UCUGAAGUGCAGGACACAAGCCUUCUCUCUGCCCUGAUGGCGCUGAGCUGGGUUGCCACCAUCAUUCUGGCGCUCAUCCUGUCUUGCCUGCUAACCCUAACCAUGCAGAAAUGUAGAAACAAGGGAGCCAAGCUGCCCCCAGGCCCCCUGCCUCUGCCCUUCCUGGGGAACUUGCUGCAACUCCGGAAUGGAUACAACAUUCCAUCUUUCAAUAAGCUCAGGGAGAAAUAUGGCCCAGUCUUCACAAUGUACAUGGGUCCCCAGUUGGUGGUGGUUUUGCAUGGACAUGACGCAGUGAAGGAGGCCCUGGUGGACCAAGCAGAUGACUUCAGCGAUCGUGGAGAAAUAUUUUUACUGGAUCAAUGCUUCCAAGGGUAUGGUGUAGGUUUUGCUAGUGGAGAAGGGUGGAAAAUUCUCCGACGCUUCACCCUGGCUGUUCUCAAGGAGUGUGGAAUGGGGAAAUGAACCAAUGAGGAGAAGAUCCAGGAGGAGGCUGGCUUCCUUACAGAGCAAUUUCACAAGACCAAGGGUGUGCCCAUCAACCCCAUUUUCUUCCUGAGCCGGACUGUCUCCAAUGUCAUCAGCUCCAUGGUCUUUGGAAGCCGCUUCGACUAUGAGGACAGGGAUCUCCUGAAGCUGCUGCAGAUGAUGCACGAGAUGACCACUGAGCUGAACAUGCCUUGGGCUCAGCUGUAUAACAUAUACCAUGGAGUCAUGCGAUAUUUGCCAGGAAAACACAGAUGCCUCUACUACCUGUUGGAGGACCUCAAGGAAUUUAUCGUAUCCAGGGUCAAGGCCAAUGAAGCCUCCCUGGACCCACACAACCCUCAGAGCUUCAUCGACUGCUUUCUCAUAAAGAUGCACCAGGAUAAAGAUAAUCCCUACAUGGAAUUCCACUUCAAGAACUUGGUCACCACAGCUCUCGGCCUCUUCAUAGCUGGCAUCGAACCUGUAGGCUCAAUACUGCACUGUGGCUUGCUGCUGCUGCUCAAGUAUCCGGAGGUGCAGGCCAAGAUCCAGGAAGAGAUUGAUCAGGUGAUUGGAACACACUGCAUUCCAAGUGUGGAUGACCGGUUCCAGAUGCCCUACACAGAAGCUGUAAUCCAUGAGAUACUGAGAACCAAAGGAACAGCCUUCAGCCUCCCCCGCUGUGUCACCCAGGACACUCAGUUCCGAGGCUACCUGCUGCCCAAGAGCACCAAUGUGUUGCCUCUGCUUGGCUCAGUCCUCAGGGAUCCUAAAUACUUCCGAUACCCAGAUGCCUUCUAUCCCCAACACUUCCUGGAUGAGCAAGGCCACUUCAAGAGGAAUGAAGCUUUUGUGGUUUUCUCCUCUGGGAAGCGCAUCUGCCCCGGGGCCUCCAUGACCCACGUGGAGCUCUUUCUCUACUUCACCUCCAUCCUGCAGAGCUUGUCCCUGCGCUCCCUGAUGCCACUCAAGGACACUGAUACCCAGCCUUUCUCCUCAGGCAUGACCAAUAUUGUCCCCACCUAUGAGCUCUGCUUUGUGGAACGCAGAGCGCCCCCUAGUGGGUGAGAAGGAAACGAC